AGCUGCUGUAUGAUCCCCCACUGUAUUUAGUUUGUUCUUUCUACGCGUUUUGAAAAUUUUCCUCUCGAAUUUAUUGCAAAAGAAUCUCCCAGGAGAGAGUGAAAAAUGUGUUGAAAAUUAAUUAAGAACAAAUAAAGAAACCUCGAGAGUCAAUAUAACUUCAUAAGCAUAUCAAAUUAUGGAGAAUAGUGCCAAGAAAGUCCUCCUAAUUGCUACACUUUACCUCUUCAUCAGCUUUCAGACACGCACCACGGAGGCAUUUGACACAGAUGACUAUGCCCUGGAAAGUCGUCAAUUUCUGCAGAAGGCCAUCGAGGAGGUGGGUAGGACGCAGAAUAAUCCACAAAAUGCAGCAGGUGUGAAGGAACAGCUGUUAGCUGUGAAUUCCACGUAUACCUACGACGAUUCCUGGCCAUCGCCUGGAAAGAUGAAUUCCAUCUCGGCUGUGUCACUGGAUCGUGAGGGUAAUGUCGUGAUCUUCCAUCGUGCUGGACGCGUGUGGGGACAACUCACGUUCGAUAUGAAAAAUCAAUUUACCCAGACACAGCUGGGUGCCAUCCAGGAGAGUACAAUCUUGGCAUUUAGCCGUAAAACAGGGAUUCUCAGGUACUCCCUGGGUAGGAAUCUCUUCUACAUGCCCCACGGGCUGACAGUGGAUGACGACUCGAAUAUCUGGGUAACAGAUGUUGCCCUGCAUCAAGUUAUGAAACUCAGGAAGGAUCAAGAUAAACCCCUAAUGGUGCUGGGAAGGAGAUUUAAACCCGGCAAUGGGGCAGAUACCUUCUGUAAGCCAACAUCUGUUGCUGUCCUACCUAGUGGGGACUUUUUCGUGGCAGAUGGAUACUGCAAUGCGCGCAUUAUUAAAUUCUCCGCGGCAGGAAAAAGGAUUCUAACAUGGGGAGAGAAUUCUUUUCAAGGAGUUGCUCACAAAAUAGCCCCACCAAACUUCCUGGCAAUUCCACAUGCCCUCACUUUGGCACGUGACAAAGGGCUCGUUUGUGUGGCAGACCGUGAGAAUGGACGCGUGCAGUGCUUCCAUGCUACAAAUGGUACAUUCCAUUCGCAGUAUCACAGCCCAUUGGUCGGAGAUCGAAUCUACGGUGUGUCCUAUGCCCCAAUUGACGGUGGACAUUUGUACGUGAUUAAUGGGCCUCUCCUGGCUUUUGCCUUGUGGCCCGGACAGGAGAAUUCUGAGACCUACCAUGAAGUUCGGGGGUUUGUCUUUGACAUGACCACGCAGGCGGUGGUGGAUAAAUUUGGACUACCCAACAAGGACUUUAGCAAUCCCCACGAUGUUGUGGUAUCUGCGGACGGGGCGGAGGUGUAUGUGGCGGAAAUUGGUGAACUUCGACCCAGAAAAUUCAUCUCGAGCAUUAAACGAAAGGUCGAUGGGGCAUAUGAAGGUGUUGGUGGUAACAGUACGGGUGGGGUGGCACCGAAGGCAGCCACGAGUGUGGUUGAUUCCGGGGCCACAGCCCUCCUUGCCGUGAUUCUCAUUGUGGUGUUUGCCAUUGCCGCUUUUGGGGCCACAUUGCUUGUCAUGCGACAGCGGAAACGAGGUCACUCCUCUACUCUCUCGGUACUCUUGACAAUCGCAAAAGAAUGUGGGAGCUCAAGCAAUAAAUGUGCACGAGAUGGAAUGAGCUUGAGUGGCUUGAAGAGAUUAUACAAAAAAAAAGAGAAAAAAAAGAAAAGAGUGGGGCUCUGCUUAUAAAAGGGGCAAACAUCCUGAUUAUAUAUUAAUUUUUAAGUUUAUUUAUGUAUUUUUUUUAUAAAUCCUCAGGUGAUAAAAAAGACAUUUUUUAUAUAUAAUUUUACUGCUUUUACAUUUUGUAAUUAAUCUUUAAUUAUAAUUAUUUUUUAAAAAUAUUUUAUGUCGCAUCAACAAAUUUUAUUUUUUAAUUUUUAUUUUUUUCUGCAUUUAGAUAAUUUUUUUCAGGCAGACUUUUAAGUUGUUUUGAAUUAGCAAAAAGGCAAAAAGUGUGUGUGAGAGAACAAGUGUAAGGGAGUUUCUUUUCUUUGUUCUAAGGCUAAGAACUCUUUGAAUCCUGCGUGUCCACCAAUUUAAAAAAAAAAGGAAAACUUGUAAAAUCUGAUAAAGAAUUUGAAAAAAAUAUAUAUAUAUUGUGAAUGUUGAGAGAAAAUUAAAAGAAAAAAAUUACAAAAUAUUCUAUUGAAUGUAUAAAUUAUAAAAAAAUGAAAUAUUGUGUAAAGUCUAUUAAUUAGUGUUUAUAAAAAAUGACAGAUUAUCACUAUUUCUGGCUCAAUAAAAGAAUCUUGAAAAAUACA